UCUUCUGAGAGGGAGGGAAAGUAGCUGACAUCAUAUCCUCUUCCACUAGCAGGGACCUAUUUCAUCCAUCAAACUAGAUACAAUUCUCCUGUGCCUUUCCUAAAGAGAGAUUGCGAAAAGAGAAAAUGGCCAGAAUUUUCUCUCUCCUAUGGCUCCUUGGUCUGAUUUUAGGCUGCUGCAGGUCCCAGACAGAAAGAAUAGAAAUCAAGAUGAUCAGCAAUCUUCCUAAAGCUUUUGGAGCCAAAGUGGAAUUCAAGUGUGAGACUAACCACAUGGAUGUCGGAGUGUUCUGGGUUCUUCAGAAAUCGGAUGGUAUACACCACUUCAUCUCACAUGUUACAUCAAGAUCUAAAGAGAUAGCAGGUACCCUCACAGGCUACAAGGCUUCAAAAACUGGCAGCUUUUACCAGCUAACUAUUGCCAGCUUUGAGGAAAAUCAUGAGGCUACCUAUUACUGUGUGCGCCAUCGCAAUCAGAAACUGAUUUUUAGCUUGGGCAUCACAGUCCAUCUGCCGGUGAAAACUACCACCCCGCUUCCUACCAUCGCACAGAAAAAUUUAUUCAGCACCAAAGGGCUGGUAAAAGAAGAAGCUAUGAAAUCUCCGAAUUCUACAAUCUUAGCAAAGACAAAUCCAGAAAGUAUAAUGUUCUCCUGUGAGCUUUAUAUCUGGGUUCCCUUAGCUGGUGUUUCUCUCCUUCUGCUGAUAUCCUUGGUAAUUGUCAUAUCAGUGUGCUGUGGUCAAAGGAGAAGCAGAAGAACAUGCAAAUGUAUACGGCCAACCAAUGGAACCAAUGGAACACACACUAAACCACUCCAGGGCAAUAAGUAGGACUUGCAACUGGAUUUCUCCAUGCACUCUUGCUGUGUUGUAUAAAUCCAGCAUCAUCAACAGAGAGAUUCCAAUAUGCUUGUAAUAGUUCUCUGUUCAUAUAUCAAGGACGAAUGUCUUAGAUCAGAUCUUUGAAAUUAUAUGCUGUAGAAAUUUAUUCCCCAGUUGCUGUAAGUUGUAUUCAUUUACUCAGCAAACAGUUUCUCUGUAAAUUAUCAUGAGAUGAAUUUGCUCCUGCAGCUGACCACACUGAUGCAUUAUGAAAAUAAAGUUAAUAAUUUAGUUUUAAAACAACA